AUGAAUAUAACCGCGCGCUCGGGGCCAUCGCUCGUGACACCGCUCUCGGUCGAGGUCCCCAUCAACCUCGCGACGGCCAAGCGCCCCUCGAAAGACGACGACGCUGCAGCAAGCAACCCCGGCGCCGACGAAGAUGCUGGUAGCACGUCGCGUCUCCCUACGUACUCUCUCACGACCACUUGCGCAGACUAUUGGAAGAAAACCUUUCAAGACCGCGUGCCCCAGCAUGGCGCGGUGACGUCCAACUGGCGGGAGCCGUCGCCGUCCGAGUUUCGCGUCCGCAGUAAAAAGUACCUCACCGACAGUGUCAAGGAGGCCGUGGACCAUCCCAAGUGCGACCUCGUCUGGGUCGACGUGUUUCAGGGCAAGAAAGAGGCGUUCUUGCAUGCCGCCGCGCGCCGCGACGGCGUCGUGUCCCACUUCCACGCGCUGUACCCGGCAAAUGAGCUCUUUGUCCUCAACAUCAUUCUGCCCGGGAAGCCUGAGGUGACGUACGUCAACUACUUUGCGCUGCGGACGCCCGUGACCGAGACGGAGGACUCGGCGUUUGGUCGGCUCUGGCGGGCGUUCCUCGACGGCUCGGAUGAGUUUCGCAACGCGCGGCUCAAGCUCAUUCCGCGCAUCGUGCACGGUCCGUGGAUGGUGCGCAAGGCCGUGGGCUCCAAGCCCUUCAUUUUGGCGAAAGCGCUGCCGAUCCAGUGGUUCCGCGGCAAGCACUACCUCGAGGCCGUCGUCGACGUGAGCUCGGAUGCCGUCGCGCGCAAGGUCACGUCCAUGUGCCGCAUGUGCGUCUCGUCGCUCACCGUCGACAUUGGGCUCCUCCCGGAAGCGAUGCUGGGCUGCGUCCAGUACGACCGACUUGACAUGGCCAACGCGACGCCGAUCUAA